AUGUGCUGGAUAACCCUCACCCCGACCAAAAACAAGCGAAAAUCGACGUCCUCAGACUGCUCCUCUGCGGACAUCGUGCGCGUCCACCAUAGCCCCAAGCCGCGCCUCAGCGACAUCAGCAUCUCGCUGCCCAGCACCGUCGCAUCCACAGACCAUCACCACCACCACCACCACCCGGACGCUCUGCACCUGCACCACCCGCAUCUCCCCGCGCACCUGCACCCCCACGCGCCCCUGCCCCACGGCCUGCUGCAGCACCACCACCGGCACCCGCACCUCCACCCCAUCCACCCGCUGCACCUGCACCCUCUCGCGCCCCUGCACGGCGCGGGCAAGAAGAUCCGGAUCGAGGCGCCGCGCCGCGCGGCCCCGCCGCCGCCGCCCUCAUCAUCAUCUUCUUCCUCGUCUUCAUCAGACGCCGCCGCGCCCUGUGCGCCCGCAGAGCCGGUGUACCGCACGCAGAUUGUCGAGCCGGCGGCCGUGCGCGCGACGACGCGGAGCGCGCUGCGCGAGGUGCGUGUGCGCGGGGGCGUGCGGCGGGUGGGCGGGUACGACGUCGCGGGGCGCAGUGUGCCGUGGGACUGGGACUGCGUGAGCAGUACGGUGGGGAGCAGUGUGCGGGGCGGUGGCGGGGGGCGGAAGGGGCGGCGCAAGAAGGGCGCGGGAGGGGGGCUGCGGUAUCCGCCGUUUGGGGGCCUGGAGCGGUGGCUGUAG